AUCGGUUGAGCGUGAAACAAAAAAAAAGAAAGAAAUUAAAUAAAAAAAGUUUAAAAAAUAUUUAAAAUGUGUGACGAUUACAACAAUGGCGCAGUCGCGACAGCGAAAUAACAAAAGCGAACGUUUACGCUUUGAUUCGGGCUUUGGAGAAAGAAAAGCAGAAGAACUCCUUUUUAGAAUCACUGUUAAAGGAUGGUUGCGUGAGUUCAACGAAACGACGAAAUGACUGGAUCGAGGAACCUUCCGACAACCAAUUGUUCGAAGCUACUCCUCGUGGAUGUUCUACAUUUCUUGAUUCUGGAACACAAUCCACCAACGAGGCUUCCAUGUCGGCGUCCAUGUCUUUCGCCACAUUGCAAAUAGCCGUUUGCCAACCGAAAGACGGAAAAGAAGAAGUGGACAAGACGACAUUCGAUAGAUGGAGAGAAUUAUUCGAAGCGGCAAUGGAGUUUGCAGGAAUUACCAGUGAAACUCUAAAAAUAAAUGCCUUUAAAAUGAAGGCAGGCCCUUCACUGUUGGGUUUUCUAGAAAGUACGUCGACAAAUGAUUCAGCAAAGCAUGCGAAACUAUUUCCAUACACUAACACAAUGGAUCGAUUAGAUAACUAUUUUAAUUCCCAUUAUUACGUGUUUCGUCAGCGUCAAAAAUUACGCACGAUGAACCAAAUCAAAGGUGAAUCGGACUACCAAUUUGUAAAACGAGUUAUCGAAUCUGGGAAAUUAUGUAAUUACAACGAGGAUCAAUUAAUCGAAACAAUUAUUGACGUGAUAAAAGUGCAUGCUAUUAACCCCAAAGUACGUAUGGCAGGAUGGAAAAUUCUCAAAAAACGCGGAACAAUAACAGAUCUACUGGAAAAAGUUUGAACAUGCGAAAUAGAGAAAUUUAACGAAAACGCUUUCGCUAGAGACCACAGACAAAAUGAAACUUCAUUAGAGGUUUCCGCUGUGUCGCAUAACACCAACGCAAAAAUGUCACGUCCAAGGGAGUUUCAACGUGAUUAUCCCUCAUACAAACAAAAACAUUGGGGUAUGCAGGAGAAUAGAGGCUUUAGCAAAGGCGAAUUUUCAAAAUUCUCCACAAAUCGUUCAUUCGGUAUUCGUCACAUCCUGUGUUGGAGAUGUAGCAGCAAUACACACCAGCCAGAAAACUGCUACGCAAUAGAUAAAAGAUGCCGCCGCUGCAAUGUCAUAGGGCAUAUAGAACGUGCGUGCCAUCCUGAUCUCUUAAUCAAUAGCAAGCGCUAUCCGACAGAUGUUGGCGAAACGGCUGUACCUAAUAAAAUUCGGAAAAUUGCUGCUAUAACGGAAAGCGGUAUUCCCGGAAAGUCGGAUCACGAGCAAACAGCCGUAAGUGAGGCUUUUCCAACCGAAGCUGAGUAGAAACCAACUUAUUUUUGUUUACUCUUUUACUCCAUUUAUUAUUUUUUUAUGUAAUACAACAAUACACACUUUCCUAAAUUGGCGAUGAAAUUUAGAAUGAAUUUCAAUAAACCUACUUGAUUUAAUGAAUAGAUAAACAAAUUCCUUGAAUACAAUACAUAUGCAAGUUGUGGCGUUAAAAAAAAAUUAAAAAGGCAUGUAUUUAUUGGGCUAUGAUCGAGAAUACAAACAUAAACUAAAACAUAUGCAGGAAUAAAUAUUCUUAGACAUAGAUAGCUUCGAUUCGAUCAUAAUUUACCAUCAUUUGUUUAACGAAUUCUAUAUAAUAAAAUUUUUAUAUUUACGUUUUAGGAUGUAUCGCAACAAGUGCUUCAAAAUAAUCCCAUCGAGAUCAAUAAUUUCGUGAUGGAAAAAAAAAUCUUUGCAUAGCAUUUGCCAAGAAAAAAUCGAUCUCGUGUUCAUUACAGGUUACGUAGCGGGCUUCGCUAUUAAAUUUAUGAUUGAUUCGGGUGCGGAUGUUAACACAAUAGGGAAAGAUAGUUUCGAUUGUCUAUCAAAGAAAGACCCUAAGUUGUCUCAUAUUUUCAAUUUAAAGAAAGGGUCUGAUCACCAUUUAAAAGCAUACGGAAUGGAAGAAGACAUUCCGGUAAUAGCUUCCUUCGUAGCUGAAUUAUUUAUAUCUAACGACCGCCCUCGAACGAUGGAAAAAUUGUACGUCGUGCCAAACGAAAAAGCAUUAUUAAGUAGAAACACAGCAUUGCGAUACAGCGUUUUACAGCUGGGCAUGAACGUUCCAGUUAAAUCAUAUUUGAGAUAUAACACAAUUCGAUUAUUACCCGGAGAGAUUUUCGUAUUGAAAAAUUGGACCGAAUUCCCUAAAUUUAAUGUUGCUCCUGUAAUGUUAUCAUACGAUAAAGAAAUGCCACCAUCCCAAAACGUAUUCACCAGUAUUCCACCAGCGUUUAAAAACGAAACGCUGAAAAGAUUGGACGAUCUUCUAAUUACGGGCAUCAUAGAACGCGUUACGGACAAAAUGAAAAAUUCAUUCUGCUCAUCUUUGUUGGUAGUUCCAAAAGGUAAAAACGACAUCCGUUUGGUCGUAGACCUAAGAGGUCCUAAUAAAAGAAUCAUCAAAACACCAUUUCGAAUGCCAACAUUGGAGGCAAUUUUAUCAGAAUUAAAUGGUGCCUCAUGGUUUUCCACGAUCGACCUGUCGAGUGCUUUUUUCCACGUGGAAUUACACCAAGACUGUAGACAGCUGACGAAUUUUUUCGCUAGAAAUGGUACAUUCAGAUUCAAGAGACUGCCAUUCGGUCUGCGCAACGCCCCCGACAUUUUUCAAGAAUUUCUACAAACAAAAAUAUUGGCAGGAUGUCCAGGUGUCGUGAAUUAUUUAGACGAUAUUUUAGUUUUUGGUAGCUGGAAGGAAGAGCACGAUUGUAAUUUAAAAUUACCCUCCAAAGACUGCGUGAACAUAACGUCAGGUUAA